CUUAUACAACAGCUACGGUACAGACAAUUGUCUAUUCUGGGGACUCUUAGUUUGGAUGAAAUGUGAGGUAAAGAAAGAAAUACAGUCGUAUCGUAUCGUAUCACAGUCGCCAAAACCUUAAUCCAUUUCACAAGAUGAAGCUGAAGCAUGCUAUUGUCAUUAUUCCCGUUUUGGUGAUAAUCAUAUUUAUUUCUGCCUUAACCAAUCAGUUAAGAAGCAACAGGGUCGUACGAAGGAUGAUGAAGACUGUCGGACUUAUCCAAACAUUGCCAGAAAACAACAAAUCGUGUGAACAGAUACAUGUGAUAUGCACCAUGCCUCUACUUACCAGUAACGACAUCAAAACGACAAGCUAUUCCAGGUACAAACCAGAAAAUAUACAAGCAAGAAUGUCAGAAUUUAUGACAGGGUUACAGAGGACUCUCGACCACCAAUGUGUCUAUCGUGUUCAUUUUCUAUACAAUCAGUCUGCAGUAGUAGAGUAUGUUAAACUCAACCUCGAAAGUAAUCUGCACAAACUAGUGUUUCAUCUCGUUCCCAAUCCACAAACACAAACCGCAUAUUUUGAUUUUGCUUAUGAUAAUCUGCAAGGUGAAAUAGCAAUGUACACACCUUCUGAUGUCUAUCCAGGAGAAGGGUUUGAAUUAAUAAAAAAAGAUGUUAUGGUGAAAAAUAAGUUAAUGUAUAUUUUAACCAGACAUGGCAAAAAAGAGAAAUAUUGUGACAUGCGUAAAGAAUUAUCGUCUAACAGCUGUGAUGAGAAGCGUUAUAUGGGCUCCCAUGAUACCUAUAUUUUCGUGCCGAUUGGAAAAUUUCCAGCAGAAGUUAAAAAAGAGUUAUCAGUAUUUGCCAUUCAUUAUGGAGUUGAAAAUAUGUCGAUCUGGGCCUUCAGAACUUUAGGACAUUAUAAAGUGACUAACCCUUGCAAAGUUCUUAAAGUGUAUCAUUUACAUUGUACGGGACUACGUGAUGCUAGACGAAAGCGUCUUAAUACUAGUAAAAAUACGGGCAUGGCUAUUCCUACAGAUCACUUAGAUUAAACUGGCCUGAAGAUUGCUUUUGUGUUUAGCCAAGUCUGAACAGAACGGGCUGGACGAUUUACUCAAUACUAACUAAAUACUACCAAAUACCACCACAUACUAACACAAUAUUGUGAAAAACUAACAGAAUGCUUCAAUUAUUUAUUUAAAAAAAGAAUUGAGUUAAGUCCUGGAAAACUUGCUAAAAUGAACUACAGUGUCUCGUAAAUUCGAAAAGUUUGUAUUCCUAUUUAAAAAAAACCGGUUUAUACCCUCAAAGAAGAAGGGUCGCGCUUAAAGUAGCUAAGUCCGUAACUCAAUAUCAUCCAAAAUCUUCGACAUUGAAAACACGAUUUGUUUUUGCAAUUUAAAUCAGCAUUAGUGUUGUGAUCUUACCUGGAAAAGAUGGGCUUCUGAUAUCCAAUAUUUAAGACAAAAUAAACAUUUUACCAUUUGGUACACGAAUCGUGUACCAUCGUGUACCAUAAUGCGUUUCAGCGCCAUUUGUAACAAGGUGCUCAAAGAAUGAGGCUAGGCAUAUUCCACAAGUCAUGUCAAACGGUGAUAUCAUAUUCUUAUUUGGAAAGCAUGCGCAAUAAAUAAUAUCGGUGUUGACUGGAAUAACCAGACGCUAGAAACUGACUUGCGGUUGAGACUUCUGGCGUAUAUCGCCGAACAUAACUGAUGACAAUUCACAGUAAAACGGACACGAUUGAAUGUAAAACAGUUUAUAUAAAUUCAUAUUACAUUAUUAUAUGUGUUGAGACUCAUUUUUGCGAAUUUCUAGGUCCAAAAUAUUAGCGAUUUAGCUCCUUUAAGAAGCGAAUGUUAUUUUUUGUUUUAUGUCUUAUUCCAAAUGACGUUUAUAUCGUGUGUGCUGUUAUUUUAUUGUGUGUGCCAUCAUUUAAUCUAUGUGAAGCCAGUGCACCACCUGUGAGCAGGGCCGUAUUUAGGAUUUUAAAAGUGGGGGUGCAGCAGAGUAGUGGGGCGCCAUAGCCUCCACGUAUGUGAUAUAAGAUAGUUUCGAUCAGGGCAAACGAACCCAUUGGCGUGUGGGCGCCCUUAAAACCGACCGACUGAUCAUUGCCUUAAGAGCAUCACUGUUUGAUCAUAAUAAAGUGUAUUAUUUUAUAAUU